AUGGGAGACGAAGAGCUUUUGGACCCGGAUGGUAUAAAUUAUGAGGAGGAAGUUGAAGUUGAGGGAGCCCCGGAUAUGGAUAUGAAGCACGCCCUGUUGGCAGCUGUAGAAGAAGAUGCUCCUCAGGCGGGUACCCGAGCCGAUAAAUCCCUAGCGUUACUCACGAAGCGUUUUGUGAAGCUACUUCAGGAAUCUCCUGAUGGGUAUCUUGAUUUAAAUGAGGCCGCUGAGCGCUUAAAUGUGUCUCAAAAGAGACGAAUCUACGAUAUAACGAAUGUUUUUGAAGGCGUCGGUCUAAUUGAGAAGCGAACGAAAAAUGUUGUUCAGUGGAAAGGCGGGGAUUUGAAUAAAGACUCCAUGGCGAAUAUGACACCCGAGCAGCAAAUAAAGAUAAAUCAAUUAAAAGAGGAAUGCGCAAUUCUUGAUAAAAAGGAUGCUGCGCUAGAUGAACAUAUACGAUGGCUAAAACAGAGCAUAAAAAAUAUCACCGAAGACGGGACAAGCCCGAACUUAUUUCUAAAAACGGCCGAGCUACAGUCGCAUUUUCCGAAGAAGAACCUUUUCGUUGUGCAAGCGCCAGCCGGAACUGCUGUCGAAGUUAUCAACCCGAAGCCUGGAGUCAAUCAGCGCUACACGUUGCGACUCCGAAGUUCUGUAGGGCCUCCAAGUAUUUCUAUCAUACGCGCUGAUGCAAAGCAACCCAGGUCAUCAAUGAAUGCGAAGGAGCCACGACAAAGCAACACUGUUGUAACGACAAUAAAUCCAGGGGGAUCAGAGCUAGAAAAACCACCGACGACCGUCCGACCAUCCCCGUCAACAUUAGAUUAUUCAUUACGACUUCACGCGAAAGACACAAUCUUUGAUCUUUAUGACGACACGGGUUUU